CAACAUUUUCGUUUCUAUAAUAAAUGGUCGUAAAAUAAACUUAAAAUUUCUUUACAUCUAUAAAUUAAAAACCUAUAUAAAUUAGUAUCAUAUAAAAUCGAAAACCCGUGAUAUGUACUUUCUGUCACCGAUACAGUAUGGAAUCUGAGGUUAUAGAUUAUUAUGAAAUCUUACAAUGUGAUAGAAAUGCAACAUUGGAAGAGCUUAAAAGAAAUUAUCAACGUCUUGCAUUAACUUGUCAUCCAGAUAAGAAGAUCUCAAGUGAAGAUAACGAGAAUUUCCUUAAUAUUCAAAAGGCUUGGACAGUUUUAAGAGACCCUCAGUCCCGGAAAGAAUAUGAUGCCUUGCUUUCUUGUGAAGAGCAUCGUGAGUUGCUACUGUAUGACUCAAUAUCAGUACCAGAUCUGAACUACAACAGUUGUAGUAGUGUUUAUACAUAUCAGUGUAGAUGUGGGGGAUUGUAUUCUGUAACCAGUAGUGAAUUAGUGCCACCUAAAACUUAUGUGGAGUGUAAUGAAUGUUCGCUUUCAAUACAAAUUGAUGUACCUUCUUAACAAAUUUAGUGGCACAAACUUUCUUAAGGAGUUCAUUUUCAUACCAAAAAACUGGUAUGGAUUGCACUGAAUUUCAAUGUUGAAUUGUUAGUUGUAAGUUUUAAUUCUAUAAGUAAAUAAUGUAAAUAAAUGUUAAAAUAAUAAUAUAUAA